CGGAAGGGCUACUUUUCAAAAUGGCUACAAAUAUAAAUUCGGGGUUUAAGGAAAAUAGUCCAAUUUGAAAGGGUAAAUUGCUAAAUUUUUAAUUUGGUGGUAUAAUUUAAUAAAAAUUACAAUUUUUUUUAGCAUAGUUGGAGCCGGAGGUGGAUAGUUCGAAUCAUUUUCUUGUGAUCAGUUUCAAACAUUUUUUAUCAUAAAUGUCUAUCAGUUUCAAACAUUUUUAUAUAGCACACGUGUUAAUCCAUCUCCCACGUGUCAUUCCCAAAAGCUUAAGCAAUUGCCACCUCCCUACUAGCUUUGGUUCUCCUCACUCUCUUCAAACAAAAGGAAAAAAUAGACCAUUUCUGUUUUGGCCCAAAAUUCUUCAAGUUUUGGCACUGAGAGAAAGAAAAGGAAGAAAAUAUUGAAAUGGGUUCAGAAACUUUUGUAGAAAUCAUAUUAGCAAUUCUCCUUCCACCUCUUGGAGUUUUCCUUCGCUAUGGCUGUGGGGUGGAGUUUUGGAUUUGUUUGUUGCUGACCAUUUUGGGAUAUAUACCUGGAAUUAUAUAUGCAAUUUAUGUUAUUGUCGGGUAAAAAGGAAAAGGAAGAAGAAUGUUUUGAAUGUGUACUUUUGUAAACGUCUGUUUUUUGUUUCGUUUUGUUCAUGUAAGGUUGUGGUAAAUCAAUGAAGAGUGGACAUUUUGUGAUUUUAUUCAUGAA